GCCUUUCGCUGAGCCACUGCCUCUUUCCCACCAGAGCCAUGCCAACCCACCGCCUCGUGAUCGUGCGGCACGGCGAGAGCACCUGGAACCAGGAGAACCGUUUCUGCGGCUGGUUCGACGCCGAGCUGAGCGAGAAAGGGAGAGAGGAAGCCAAGCGCGGGGCCCAGGCUGUGAAGGAUGCCGCCUACGAGUUUGACAUCUGCUACACCUCUGUGCUGAAGAGGGCAAUCCGCACGCUCUGGUACAUCCUGGACGGCAUCGACCAGAUGUGGCUGCCCGUGGUGCGCACCUGGCGCCUGAACGAGCGCCACUACGGGGGCCUGACCGGGCUCAACAAGGCCGAGACCGCAGCCAAGCACGGCGAGGAGCAGGUCAAGGUCUGGAGACGCUCCUACGACAUCCCCCCACCCCCGAUGGAUGAAAAGCACCCUUAUUAUAAGGUUAUCAGCAAGGAAAGGCGCUAUGCAGGUCUGAAGGCUGGGGAGCUGCCCGCUUGCGAGAGCCUCAAAGACACCAUUGCCCGCGCCCUGCCCUUCUGGAAUGAUGAAAUCGCACCCCAGAUCAAAGCUGGCAAGAGGGUACUUAUUGCUGCUCAUGGCAACAGCCUUCGGGGGAUUGUCAAGCACUUGGAAGGGAUGUCCGACGCAGCCAUCAUGGAGCUCAACCUCCCAACUGGGAUUCCCAUUGUGUAUGAGUUGGAUGACAACCUGAAGCCGACGAAGCCUAUGCAGUUCCUGGGCGACGAAGAGACCGUGCGGAAGGCCAUGGAGGCUGUGGCAGCCCAGGGCAAGGUCAAGAAAUGAGAGGGAAGAACAAUGGGUGAAAUAA